AUGUUGUCCGCACGAGUCGCGGCGCGCUCGCUGCCCCGUAUGGGCCAGCGCGGCUUUGCCUCCGUCAACGACUCAUUCCUCACCAAGAAGGUUGAGAUGACCAAUGUGGAGAAGGGCCACUACAUCAACUACGCGGGCAUGAACGAGACCUUGAACAUUGUACGCAAAAGGCUGAACAAGCCACUCACAUAUGCCGAGAAGAUUCUCUACUCGCAUUUGGACGACCCCCACAACCAGGAGCUCGUGCGUGGCCAGAGCUACCUCAGACUCCGUCCCGAUCGUGUUGCAUGUCAGGAUGCAACCGCGCAGAUGGCCAUCCUCCAGUUCAUGAGCGCUGGCAUGGACGCUGUCGCCACUCCCUCCACCGUCCACUGUGACCAUCUUAUUGAGGCCCAGGUCGGUAACGAGAAGGAUCUUGAGCGCGCAUACGACAUCAACAGGGAGGUCUACGACUUCCUGGCCACCUCUUGCGCCAAGUACAACAUUGGUUUCUGGAAGCCCGGCUCUGGUAUUAUCCACCAGAUUGUCCUCGAGAACUACGCCUUCCCCGGUGGCCUGAUGAUCGGUACCGACUCUCACACUCCCAACGCUGGUGGUCUUGGUAUGGCCGCCAUUGGUGUUGGUGGUGCCGAUGCUGUUGAUGUCAUGGCCAACUUGCCAUGGGAGCUGAAGGCACCCAAGGUUCUCGGUGUGAGGCUCACUGGAAAGAUGAGCGGAUGGACCACGCCCAAKGAUAUUAUCUGCAAGGUUGCUGGAAUCCUCACCGUCAAGGGUGGCACUGGCUCUAUUGUCGAGUACCACGGACCCGGAACAAACAACUUGUCUUGCACUGGAAUGGCCACAAUCUGUAUGUACAAUCCUCGCAAUGAUGAAUGA